AUGGAUUGGUGCGCAGGUGGCGAAGAUUUGCUGGGCGACCCGACGCUGCUGGUGGCUGCGGGAAUGCUACACGGGCCAACUCAAUUCUGCACAGACACUUGCUGUACGCCCGGACUGGAGCAGCCCAACGAGCAAGCAGUUCAGUUCCAGCAGCCAGCGAUUGUCACAGUUGGCGGUUCAUACAGCAAACCGUGUGGAGACAUGGCCGACGUAUUAAUGUCUCUCAAACACACCGUACCAACUCCACAAUCCUCAGUAGACGAACAACAUCAACAGCACGACCAGGCGUAUGGGCUGUCCACCAAUCACAAUGACGAUUCGCAACCACUGAUCGACUAUGGCGGUUCGUCGUACGGCGAUCAGACGUGCUGGACCACGCUCGGAGGCGGCCACCAGCAGCAACAGGUCCAGCAGCAUCAAUUCCCCAGCAUGAGCGUGAACGUCAGCAUGAACAUGACCAUGCACGGGUACGCUCCGAUACACGGAGACGCUCAGUUCGGGUGUCAACCGGUAGGGUGGACUCUGCCAGCGUCACCAUCACCGGUACAUCAUCUCCACCACCACCAUCAUGGCCCGGUGCACCACCACCAAGGCCUGUUGAGUCCAUUGGUGGCCAUGGGCAACGGUGGUUACCCGUCGGCAGCCACGUAUUCGUUCACGGCCGACUUCCGGCCACAGGACCCGAUAGCGUCCCAACUACCACCCCCACCGUUUGCGUGCAACAUACAACCGGCUGUGCCAGCGCAGUCGUCGUCCUCGUCUGCGGCAAUGAUCGACGACGAUUGCAAGGACCUGAAACCGUGCGCCGAAAUCCUCAUGUCGGUGAGUGGCUGCGGUAUGGGCGGCGCCGAGUGUUCUCCCGUGGGGUCAGCUACCAUCGGUGAGGAUGGCUGCCGGCCUAACAUGUGCCGGAUAUGUGGCAAGACGUACGCCCGUCCCAGCACGCUCAAGACACACCUGCGCACGCACUCGGGUGAAAAACCGUACCGGUGCGACGAUUGUAACAAAUCGUUUAGCCAGGCGGCCAACCUGACGGCGCACGUGCGCACCCACUCUGGCGAAAAGCCGUUCCGGUGUCAGAUAUGUGACCGGCGGUUCUCGCAGUCAUCGUCUGUCACGACCCACAUGCGCACCCACUCGGGCGAGCGGCCGUACAGGUGCCGGCUGUGCAAGAAAGCAUUCAGCGACUCGUCCACGCUUACCAAACACCUGAGGAUACACUCGGGCGAGAAGCCGUACCAGUGCAAGCUGUGCCUACUCCGGUUCUCGCAGUCCGGAAACUUAAACAGGCACAUGCGCGUCCACAGCGGUAUGAACGGCGCCGACAUCUUAUUGCCUGUAUGA